UCGCUUCCUGUCAACGCACACCUCGUCUUGCCACAUCCUCCAGAGCGCUGCGUUUUCGAGCGCUAGCGCAUUUCCUGCAUGUUCUCUUUAGCGUUGCUGCAGCCAUGGUGAGCUACUGCCCCAUCUGCGGAAAGCCCGUCUAUUUUGGUGAGAAGAAGAGGUCUCUGGGACGGGACUAUCACCCGCUGUGCCUGAAGUGCCACAAGUGUAAGAGACAGCUCACUCCAGGACAACAUGCAGAGCAUGAUGAGAAGCCCUACUGCACAAACUGCUACAUGAGAGACUUCGGACCUCGAGGAAGCAGAGGACCAGUGUCUCGCACCUGUAACACAGCCGCCUCCUAAGAGACAUGUAGCCAUGUCUUCUCCAGCAACUUCAAAAAGAUCAAAAACAUCAAAAACGUCUCUGGAUUAGAAGAACCUGAUCGAGACACAUUAUUACACGUAUAUAGCAAAAUUAUUACUAAACGUUAAAGUACUUUUUGUACAUUUUUAUACAGUUUUAUUUGUUGUUUUCUCCAUGUCUGCCGUUAAAUGAUUUUACGAGGUUAAAUAUAACAGAGUAUGUUUUUCAUUUUAUAUAUUUUUUUUAAGGUUUUAAAGAUUGUUUAUGUUUAUAUUUUUUAUGUAGGCAUUUAUUUUUUAUACAUGUAGCUGUCAUCAUAAAAUUACUGUAUCAAGGUACUGUUUAAAAGUGUGCAGGACUUAUUUGUCCACCCUGUCAACUUGGGUUAACUACCUAUUAAAAAAAACAAACAAACAAAAAACAAAACAAAGAAGACAGAAAAUAAAAAGUGAAAAUAUAAAGAGA